CGACAGUCCGCUGUGGGUCACGACUACCAAAGCAAGUUGUCCAAGCACUGCUCCCAGACGGACACGUCCAAGGGCUUUGGAGGAAAGUUUGGAGUUCAAGCGGACCGCGUGGACCAGUCUGCUGUCGGGUUCGAGUACGCCGGGAAGACGGAGAAACACGCUUCUCAGAAAGACUACACCACCGGGUUUGGGGGGCGAUACGGCGUGCAGGCAGACCGAGUGGACCAGAGCGCAGUGGGCUUCGAUUACCAGGGAAAGACUGAGAAACACGAGUCCCAGAAAGACUACACGAAGGGCUUCGGAGGCAAGUUUGGUGUAGAGACCGACAAGGUGGACAAAUGCGCCGAGGGCUUCGAGUACCAGGGCAAAACGGAGAGGCACGAGUCGCAGAAAGACUAUGUGAAAGGCUUCGGGGGAAAGUUUGGAGUUCAGACAGACAGACAGGAUAAAUCUGCUCUGGGAUGGGACCAUCAGGAGAAACUUCAGCUGCACGAGUCGCAGAAAGAUUACUCCAAAGGGUUUGGAGGGAAGUUUGGUGUCCAGAACGACCGGAUGGAUAAGAGCGCGGGGACGUUUGAGGACGUGGAGAAGCCGACAUCAUCUUAUCAGAAAACCAAACCCGUGGAGGCCGUCGGCAGCAGCACAGGAAGCAUCAAGGCCCGCUUCGAGAACAUCGCCAAGCAGAAGGAGGAGGAGGACAGGAAGAGGGCGGAGGAGGAGCGAGCGCGGCGUCAGGCCAAGGAGAAGCAGGAGCAGGAGGAGGCACGCCGU